AUGUCUAGUCAAAAAUUAUGGGGUGGUAGAUUCACUGGCGAAACAGAUCCUUUGAUGCAUCUUUACAACGCAUCUUUGCCCUAUGAUUAUAAAAUGUACAAGGCUGAUUUAGAAGGUACAAAGGUUUAUACACAAGGUUUAGAAAAAUUAGGUCUUUUGACUGAGGUUGAAUUGUCAAAGAUACAUGACGGUCUAGAUGCAAUUAAAAAAGAAUGGGAUUCCGAUUCUUUUGUUAGACAUCCGAAUGAUGAAGAUAUUCAUACUGCCAAUGAAAGACGUUUAGGUGAAUUAAUUGGCACUGACAUUUCUGGGAAAGUACAUACUGGUAGAUCUCGUAAUGACCAAUGUGUUACUGAUUUAAGAAUUUAUUGCCGUGACAUAAUUCAAGAUAAGCUAUUACCUUCUUUAAAAUCUUUGAUCCAAGUUUUAGUUAAAAGAGGUGAGGGUGAAAUUGGCAUCUUAAUGCCCGGAUACACACAUCUACAAAGAGCCCAACCUAUUAGAUGGUCUCAUUGGCUAAGUUCUUAUGCUACUUACUUUACUGAAGAUUACAAAAGAUUAAAGCAAUUACUAGAUAGACUAAACGUUUCUCCCUUAGGCGCAGGUGCCUUGGCGGGACAUCCUUAUGGUAUUGAUAGAGAAUUCUUGGCUAAUGGAUUAGGUUUUAAUGGUGUUAUUGGAAACUCUCUGGUUGCAGUCUCCGACAGAGAUUUCGUGGUGGAAUUAUUGUUCUGGGGUACUUUAUUCAUGAAUCAUAUCUCUCGUUUUGCAGAAGAUUUGAUUAUAUAUUCCACUGCAGAGUUUGGCUUUAUCACUUUGAGUGAUGCAUACUCAACUGGUUCUUCAUUAAUGCCUCAAAAGAAGAAUUCUGAUUCUUUGGAAUUGUUAAGAGGCAAAUCUGGUAGAGUCUUUGGUAAUUUGAGCGGUUUAUUGAUGAGUUUAAAAGGUAUUCCUUCAACUUAUAACAAAGAUAUGCAAGAAGAUAAAGAACCAUUAUUCGAUUGUUUGACUACAGUAGAACACUCUAUAUUAAUUGCUACUGGUGUUGUCUCCACCUUAAAUGUCCAUAAGGAAAAAAUGGAAAAAGCACUAACUAUGGACAUGCUUGCUACUGAUUUAGCUGACUACUUAGUUAGAAAAGGUGUACCAUUCAGAACUACUCAUCAUAUCUCAGGUGAAUGUGUUGCUUUAGCAGAAAAGCUAAAUUUAUCUGGUAUCGAUAAGUUGACAUUAGCCCAAUUCCAAGAAAUAGAUCCAAGAUUUGAGCAAGACUUGUUUGAAACUUUUAACUUUGAACAAAGUGUCGAAAGAAGAGAUGCUAUUGGUGGCACAGCCAAGAAGGCAGUGUUAGCUCAAUUGCAAUCCUUACAAAGUCAACUAUGA